AGUAUGGAAAAAUUACACAUCAGAUUCGGACGCCAGUUCAUCCACCGUUCACCGUUUUACAUAAAGUAUGAUUUUUUAAUCACCGUGCUGCACUCACUGUUAUGCUUGGACCAGCUUGGUGUUGUUCCAUUCUAAGCGAAUCAACAGUCAUCUCGCUGUUUUGAUCUUCCCGCUUCCGCUUUCGGCUAACAGUUCUGAUUUCUACUCAGCAAGAACCCCAUAGCCUCCAAUAAUCAAUUAUAAAUUACAUUCACCUCCGUAUCUCAUAUAUUCUGGCAAUUCCGGAAAAUGCAUUUAGGAAGUGUGCUGAUGCGUCCCAUGGUGGAGACGGGAUACGCGCGACGCAUCGCCAAGCUGGUGCGCAUCAUCAACCUCAAGCCCGUUGAUGAACUGCACUUCCAGUUUGAUCCCUUCUUCGACGGUAAGGUGGAGUCGAUUCGGGAAGCGUUAAGACAGGUAUCAGCGGAGAAGAUCCAGCGCAGUAAUCCCCGCAUUGACAUCAAGACGACCAUCGUUGACGACCGCAGUCAACCCUUCAUGCGCGCCAAGUUCGCCGAUGGAGGCAUCUACAAAAUCAAAACCGCCAAUCUGACGGGCGUGCAGAUCCUCGAGCAGCUGGAUCGGCUCAUACUCCAACGGGAACCGCGGACAUGGGAGCAGACGAGGUUGCCGAGAAGCAGGGGUAAAUAAUGCUGCGCACAGUGUACAGCUUUGUUCGGUGCCUCUCGUUAAUACAGUUGUGAGCUGUCAACUUUGUGUCAUCUUUGUAAUCGAAUUUUGUUGACCUGCUGUUGUACGAGUUGCUUCUCAUCGCGAAAAACAAAGCUGGAUGGGCCUUUCCAGUUUGUGCAAGUUGUUUUCAGUUCGAAAAAGCCGGCGAGCUCGAAUUUUCAAAAUGUUUACCUUUUGAGGUAGUCAAGACUUCUCUCAAAUUGCAAGAAAUUAUCACUUUCUUGAAGUCUUUGUAAGCGAGUUUUGUUAAUCGCUACUUAUUGUAUGAGUUCCUUCUCACUGCGAAAACAAAAUUAGAUGGGCUUCGCUACGCCAGGCAAGGCAUAAGUACUUAUCCGUAGCAGAACAUU